GGUGGUAUGAAAGCCGUGUUGUGGACUGACAGCUUUCAGGUUAUAAUGAUGGUCAUCAGUCUCCUGGCUAUCCUGAUACAAGCAGCGAUCAUUGUCGGAGGAUGGGGCUACGCCUGGGAAUCUGCUGCUAGAACUAACAGAAUUUGGUUCACUGAUUUCAGUGUUGACCCUUCAGUAAGACACAGUGUGUGGUCACUUACAAUUGGGGCAUAUUUCACCUGGGUGGCCAUUUUUGGGACGAAUCAGGCUAUGGUGCAAAGAGCAGUCACGUGUCCAACACUAAAGAAAGCCCAAAUUGCAAUGUGGCUCAACUUUCCAGGGCUGUGCAUUAUUUUGUACUUAAGUUGCUUCAUCGGUAUAUUCAUGGCAUCAUUUUAUGAGAAGUGUGAUCCAAUAACGACGAAAUUUGUGUCCAAUUCAAAUGAGAUCUUACCAAUGUUUGUCAUGGAUAUUUUAGGCCACGUCGUUGGCUUACCUGGCCUGUUUGUUGCCGGCUUGUUCAGUGGUGCUCUCAGCACUAUCUCAUCAGGACUGAACUCCAUAUCGGCUUGUGUGCUGGAAGACAUCUGUCGGGCUUACUUUAAGUCCUAUUUCAGAGAAAGCAGAGCCAGGCUACUGUCUCAAUUACUUGCUCUUGGAUUUGGAAUUAUUUGUCUGGCCAUGACUUAUGUGGCAUCUUUGCUUGGAAAUAUUCUACAGGCAGCUCUGUCACUGUUUGGUAUGAUUGGUGGACCCCUGCUCGGCGUGUUCACACUAGGGAUGUUUUUCCCCUGGGCAAACAAAUGGGGUGCCUACAGUGGACUGUUUGGUAGCCUGAUACUCAUGUUCUGGAUCGGUGUAGGGGCGGCCAUUGUGCAACCCCCUUUGGAAAAAGCUAUUGUGUCUGUAGAGUACUGCAACUACACAGCCUUCAACGCCUCUCUUCUUAUAAAACCAGCAGUAUCCAAUGUUACUGUUGUCAGAGACGCUGUGUACCCCUUGUAUACGCUGUCUUACAUGUGGUACAGUGCAACAGCUGUGGCAGCGUGCGUUGUCAUUGGUCUUAUUGUCAGCUUCAUCACAGGUGCUACUAAACCGACAGAGCUUGAUGCCAGAGUAAUUUGUCCCAUAUUUGAUAUUCUCUUUCCGUUCUUGCCUGAAUCGAUAAGAAAACCUCUGCGUUUUGGAGUUGUUCAUGAAGGG